AUGGCCGAUAACCCCGAAGCCGUGUACCACUGGGUUAUGUUCUAUGGUUCCAAGAACGACGGCGAGGAGCCCAACAGCAACUAUGGCGCCGCGUUUGGCGGAAUGUUUGGGAACUCGAAUUCAGAACUGGAGUCCCUCGAACAAACUCUUCGUGCGUUCUGUGAAGAGAAAGGCCUUUCACCCAAGACCGAGAUAGCAGAUUUCGUGGACGAAGUCUUAAUACCGUGCAAUCCUGGAAACAAGUCUUACCUUGACGACGUAGAAGACAAACCACUCUUGGAGGUUCUGAAGCUAGCGCAUUCUUGGGUAGCGGAUGUACUGGAACAACAGACCUCUGACAAACUCUAUAUGGUCAGGACGAUAAAGUUUGACAAAGAUGGGACAGAGCCACAGGAGCGACAUGAGCCACGGAAAUUUCCCACCCGAACAAGCAAACGAUUGAAGUUGGUAGCACCUAGGAUAACUCCCGGCGACACGCUCUUCGACCUCGGGUGGAGACUGGGCACACGCGUGUAUCCAGAAGAAAUCAAUAAAUAUAUACAGGGAGAGCGAAAGAGACUGAAAUCAUACGACCAAAAAGAGCUGUGCAAUCAAGAUGAACUUUGGCUCCUUGCCUUCGUUAAGGGGAAGAUCUUGAAGCGAAUUAUCGUUAUGACAGAGUGGAGUCGCGACAAGAGUACCAGCAAAUGGAUACAGACAGACAUAACGGAGAUAAUAAAUGGUCAUAUUGAUGAAGAUAUUGCGCGCAACGGACCCGACGAUGAGUCGUCGGAAGAAUCAUCGUCGGGAGAGUUAUUACCAGAAGAACCAUCGCUGAAAGACUUAUCGCUGGAAGACUCGUCGCUGAAAGACUUGUCGCGGGAAGACUCGUCGCGGGAAGAUUCAUCGCCGAGAAACUGA